AUGGCAAGUCGAGCGAUAAAAGCAGCUGAUCAACUACGAGCUCAAUGGUAUUGGAAAUCGAGUUUUGAUCCAUCGUCAACAAAUGAAAAAGAAGAAUGGACAAAAUAUUCUGAUAUCGAAUCAGCAAUUAUCGAAGAAGCAUUUAAUGGAAACAAUAAAACAAAACUAAUUGAACUGGAUAACUAUUCGAUUAACUUAAACGAUUCCAUUCAAAUCAGCCAAUCGGAUCCAAAUAACCAACAGCAAAUAAAACGAGUUCUAAUUAGUAGACAUGAAAAUCAAGCAGCUGCAUCCACAAUGAUUCAGUUGAUGGCGACCGCGUCGUCGUCAGAAAACCAUUAUUAUGACGGAAGUAAAAUGUCACCUGGCGCAAUUGAACAUCUAGAAGAUCCAUGA